AUGGAUGACUCAGGAUCUUCUUAUCUGGCCUUUAACGAUUUUAACUGUAAUGGUGGCUCUGUGUGGGCGGAGACGCUGGCUCAACAGGGGCAGCAGGAGGUGGAGGGCUUCAGGCGGAAGCUCAAAUACUUCUUCAUGAACCCGUGUGAGAAGUACCGAGCUCGUGGCAGGAAGCCUUGGAAACUGAUGCUGCAGAUCAUCAAGAUUGCCGUCAUCACCAUUCAGCUGGUAUCUUUUGGUCUGAGUAAUCAGAUGGUCGUGACGUUUAAGGAGGAGAACCUGAUGGCCUUCAAGAACUUGUUUUUGAAGGACUUUGCCAGUCACAGCACUAAAGUCUACGCUGUCUACACUCAGCAUGAGGUCUACGCACACCUCUCACAUAUUGUAGUACAGUUCCUGAGCUUGCAGAACAUAACUGUAGGGAACCAUGCGUAUGAGAAGGAGGGGCGUCUGUACACUCCUCUGCUCAUCUGCCAGCAGUUUUACCACAACGGAAGCAUUUCGCCAGGUAACGAGACGUUCGAGAUCGACACCCAGGUGGAAGAAGAAUGCCUUAAGAUUUACCCAGUCCAGCCCUCAUCUACUGCGGAGGAGCCGAACCUGUCCAACUUCACACUACAGUUCAAACGGCUGCUGGAGGUGAAUGUUUACUUCACUCUGAAAGCCAUUAAUCUGCAGACGGUUCAGUACCACGAGCUUCCUGACUGUUACGACUUCAGCAUCACGAUCACCUUCAAUAAUCGAGCCCACAGCGGCCGGAUCACAGUGGACCUGGACAAUGAUGUGGACAUCAACGAGUGUCGAGACUGGAAAGUCACAGGGGCUUCUCCUAAGAACAUCUACUACACUGUGCUGUUUGACGUUGUGAUCAUUCUGACCUGCCUGGCGUCCCUGGUGCUCUGCACGCGCUCAGUGAGCACCGGCGUUCAACUGCAGUUCGAAUACACAGCCUUCUUCCUGAAGCAUUAUGGGAAGCAGGUCUCCUGCUCUGACAGAAUGGAGUUCAUUAAUGGCUGGUACAUUCUCAUCAUCAUCAGUGACGUCCUCACCAUCACCGGCUCAGUGCUCAAAAUCGCCAUCCAGCUCAAGGCUCUGACCAGUUACGAUAUCUGCAGCAUCCUCCUGGGUACCGGCACCAUGCUGGUGUGGAUCGGAGUUUUGCGCUACAUGGGUUACUUCAAAAAAUACAACAUCUUGAUUAUCACUUUGAGAGCGGCCUUCCCUAAUGUGAUCCGCUUCUGCUGCUGUGCUGGUUUGAUCUACCUGGGAUACUGCUUCUGUGGCUGGAUCGUACUCGGACCCUACCAUGAGAAGUUCCGCACACUGAACACGGUGUCCGAGUGCUUGUUUUCCUUGAUCAACGGCGAUGACAUGUUUGCCACGUUUAAGUACAUGCAGCAGAAGAGCUACCUGGUGUGGUUGUUCAGCCGCGUCUACCUCUACACAUUCGUCUCGCUCUUCAUCUACAUGGUGCUCAGCCUCUUCAUCACCCUGAUCACAGACACAUACGAGACCAUCAAGCAGCAGCAGUGUGAUGGAGAUCCUGUGUCUGAGCUCCAGGCUUUUAUUUCUGAGUGUAAAGAUCACCCGAACUCUGGCUGCUACCGUGUAGAUGACAAAUCUUCUACCUGCCUUUUCUGCUGCUCUCGCAGGUAA